AUGGAGGUGGCCGAGUGGACCGCCCGGGGAGCCCCCAACCACACGCUGGCGCGCCUGCUGCGGGACUCGGCGGAGGGCAGGAACGGCAGCAGCGCCCCCAGGGCCCUGCGGCUCCCGGACGGCACCAGCGCUGCCUGGUACAUCCUCACCAUCAUCGGCAUCUACGCCGUGGUCUUCCUCUUCCGCCUGGCCAGCAACAUCCUCAGGAAGAGCGACAAGUCCCUGGAGGACGUUUACUACCUGAACCUGACCUCCGAGCUCAAACAGAAAGGGCUCCAGAGCCGGGCGGCCAAAGGCUCCACGCUGACCAUCGGCAACACGGCCGCGCCGCCGCCCCGCCAGGCCGGCCCGGGGCCCGGGCGCGGGGACAGUGGGCCCCACACGGAGAUCUAG